AUGUCAGCGCCAGCGCCAUCGAACAGCUUGCCCCAAGAAAGCACGCUCGAGGUGGUCACGAUUGUGGGAGUACCGGAGUCCGUGACAUUAGGAAGGGACCAUCCGGAAAUCGAGUCGACAGAAAUUAGCGUGAGGUCGUACACCGUCCUCAAACAAUUAGGCGAUGGGAUGUUCGGGGUGGUUUGGUUAUGUGAUUGGCAUGGAGCUCUUCCCUCCUCUGCCCUCCUCUCACCGGUGCAAUGCGGAGACAGGGCACGAGAGGAGUGGAGACGCCUGAAGCAUCUGGUCGCCGUGAAGAAGAUGAAGCAAAUAUUUACUUGGGAAGAGUGUAUGAAGUUCAGAGAGUUGGAAAUUUUGCGCACUAUGCCGCCUCAUCCUAACAUCAUAUCAUUAUAUGAUUUCUUCUUGUCCACCGAUGAGCUUGCGCUCUGUAUGGUCUUCGAUGCGAUGGAAGGCAAUUUACAUCAUUUCAUCAAAGCUCGCAAAGGUCUUAAACUUGCUGGUGGCCUCGUUUCCACCAUCUGUCGACAAAUCGUAGGCGGGCUGGAUCACAUACACUCGUCGGGCUAUUUUCAUCGAGAUCUAAAGCCCGAGAAUAUACUCAUCACAACAAUUGGCCUUCAUGAAUAUGUCUCCGUCUCGCCCAACGCCCCGCCCAACGCGCCACCAGAGAGAGACGUCAUUGUCAUCGUCAAAAUCACUGACUUUGGAUCCGCACGCGCAAUCGAGAGCAACCCGCGAUUCACGGAAUAUGUCUCAGUUCGCUGGUACCGUGCUCCCGAGGUUCUGCUACUCAGUCGCAAUUAUUCUGCCCCCGUCGACAUGUGGGCUCUCGGUACCGUCCUGGCAGAGAUUGUCAAUCUUAAACCUUUGUUUCCUGGGUCGGGGCAAGUGGAUCAGAUAACCAAACUCACAGAGAUUCUAGGCGAUCCGAGUAGGGAUUACGGAGUGGGUGUUGAUGGGACGCCUUUGGGUGGGGGUCCAUGGUCUGAAGGGGUCAAGCUAGCACGCGAAGUCGGAUUCACAUUUCCACAGGACCCUCCACAAAGACUGUCCACGCUGUUUGAUGCGCAUGUCCCGCAUCAGUUGAUUCGACUUAUCUUAGAACUGUUGCGGUACGAUCCUACCAAGCGCCUGACAUCAGGACAGUGUUUGCAGCACCAGUACCUCACGGAAGUAGCAUCAAGAGACGAUAGUAUCCCCGUACCAUCGGGUUUGGAGCGCUCAUAUGUGUGCUCAUUAGCAAGCUAUUACGGUCUUGCCACCCCGGGUGCUUCAGUGGAUACAUAG